AUGAAAGGCAGUCUUGUUCUCCUGUCGUCUUUGGCGGUUCCCGUCUUUGCGCUACCGUGGUGUUCCCCUGAAGAGCAGUCCGUCGAGCCGGCUGCUGGGUCGAGUUCCGAACCCCAGCAUCUAGCGAUAGGCUUGGACAUACAAAUAACCAAGGAACUCAAAGAGGCGUUGAAAAAUCCCAAAAGCGAGCCCACUGAGCUCGCCAAGCAGAUAUGCGCUCACCCCAGUGCAGCAUUCCAAUGCGACAAUGAGUGUUGGAAACACGGGGGCUUCGUCCCGAAGUCGGCAACCCCAAACGACUGCAGGAAGAAGAAAAAUCUGCCUGAACUGGGUCCAGGCGAGCCCGUUGGCGCUGUGUUCAGCAUGAACAUCGCAUUGUAUGAGUCCUUGGGCUGCCGGGACAACGUGGUGACUCCCCAAUGCCUGGGAUACAGCUUUGUUUGCAACAGCAACAUCGAUAGCUCGCCCGAGGUGCAUGCGAAAUGCAAGACGUGGAGGUUCACCCACCAUCUGGAAGCAACGGCGGAAACUGAGCCUAAACAUGGGGGGUCCGAGCCGGGUCCAAAUCCCGGUAAGAAUACCACUUCGCAGCAAAGCACGGUUACCAGCCAAACGGCCCAACUCCCGACAACCACUGCCACGACACGAGAGACUGCAUCACGGACUUCCAAGUCGAAGGACGCGGCCUCUGAACCAUCACGAGCUCCAGCCGAAUCUCAGGCAGAAAUCCCAUCCACGUCUCACACAGACACGUCCACGACCAAACCCGUCAUGAAGCCAGAAAUAUCGGUGGCCCAUCCUCAGGCGCCCCCUGCUCCGAAAGAGACCGAGUCACAUGAGUCCGAUUCCGCCAUGGAAACUCUGUGCUACUCUGCUGGCCCAAGCCAAAAGAGAAAAAUCGAUGAGUAA